UAUCCGGAUUCGUCACUCCGCCCCCGCCCGGCCGUAACGGUAUGGCGGAGAAAUCUUUCGGAUGAUUGCAUAUCCGAUUCGGCCUCCCUCUUGCCCUGGAUCUCACGAUGAGCAGUCGCAGAGGGAAGCAAACAGAUCUGUUCUCCACUGUUGUCAUUCAUGGGGACGACGUAUCUGACCCCGAAGUGACUUCCUUGCUGACGCAUGGCUCUGAUCUCGGCAUCGGCUGUGACGACGGCGAGGAAAUGGACGCUGCUUCCCUGCCCCCUCUCCUCCAGCGCCUCCCAAAGGACUUUGACGACGCCGCAGGUUAUGAUGACGACGAUGAAGAAGACAGUGGCGCCUCAUCCUCGGGAAUAUCCGGUACGUUCAUCGUUAAGCGGGAUCGCCCCUCGGCAUCCCCUCAUUCUGCUCGCCGGCCGCUCCGCUCUCCUUUUCUCGAUCUCAACCGUUCGAGCCCCAGGGCCAGUUCGGAGCCUGAUGACGCUUACUCGACCUUUGUGGUCCGAUCGACUAGCAGGUCGAGGGGGGCGCUAAGCCCUAGAGAGUCCUUGUCGGGUACAUUCGUGAGGAAGACAGGCCGUUACGGAGGGGGAUUCGGUUCGCCUUUCAUGAGCGAGGCGGUGGAGAGCAUGAAAGCGGCCUCGGAGUGGGAUGCGGGCAAACAGCAUGAGCGUCGGCAGCAUCUGAACAGGAGGGCUUCUUUUAGCUCAGUUCCAGACUCCGUUAACCGAGAGGAUCCAACCACCAAAUAUGAGUUGCUUCAUGAACUCGGUAAAGGCUCGUAUGGUGCUGUUUACAAAGCUAGGGAUUUAAAAACUUCGGAGCUUGUUGCCAUUAAAGUUAUAUCAUUGACUGAAGGGGAAGAGGGAUAUGAUGAAAUUCGGGGUGAAAUUGAGAUGUUGCAGCAGUGUAGUCAUCCAAAUGUUGUGCGCUACUUUGGAAGUUAUCAAGGAGAAGAGUACCUUUGGAUAGUAAUGGAGUACUGUGGUGGCGGAAGCGUUUCUGAUUUGAUGAACGUUAUAGAGGAGCCUCUGAAUGAAGCCCAAAUUGCAUACAUAUGCAGGGAGGCAUUAAAGGGCCUUGCUUACUUGCACUCGAUUUUUAAGGUCCAUAGAGACAUUAAGGGGGGGAACAUAUUACUUACUGAACAGGGAGAGGUAAAGUUGGGUGAUUUUGGUGUGGCUGCCCAGCUUACCAGGACCAUGUCAAAACGUAACACGUUUAUUGGUACUCCACAUUGGAUGGCUCCAGAAGUUAUUCAAGAGAGUCGCUAUGAUGGAAAGGUAGAUGUGUGGGCACUUGGUGUUUCUGCAAUUGAAAUGGCAGAGGGACUUCCGCCUCGAUCCUCUGUGCAUCCAAUGAGAGUGUUAUUCAUGAUAUCUAGGGAGCCAGCUCCAAUGCUUGAGGAUAAAGAGAAGUGGUCUUUGCUUUUCCAUGAUUUUAUCGCGAAAUGCUUGACUAAAGAUCCACGUCUGCGCCCUCCUGCUACAGAAAUGCUGAAGCACAAAUUUAUUGAAAGGGGUCAGUGGGGAGCUUCAAAGAUGCUGCCAAUGAUCAAAAGGGCUCGGCAAAUUAGAGCUGCAAUGGCGGCACAAGCACAAGCUCAGAUGGCAAGUAUUGAUAAAUCUACAAGCCUAAAUAGAAGCUAUGGAGACACUGUUCCUUCAAAACCACAAAAGUCACUUGAAGCACUGGAUAAAGUUGCUGAAGGCUGCGAUUUGAGUCAAACAACUUAUUACACUGAACUGGGUGCAGGUGACUAUGGAACCGUAGUUGUUCAUUCUGAAGGAGGAUCCAUUCGUGAAAUCGAAUCUCAUGAUUCCGACAAGCAGGAUUUCUUACUUGUUCAAGGUGAUAGCGGAAGAUCUGUCAAGCAUGAUUUUGGAGGGCAGUCCAUACAAAUGUGGGUGGAAAGUUCAGAAGGUACCAUUAUUAAUAGGGAGCCAGACGCAUUACAGAUACAUGAUAGCCAGUCAGCACAAGAUUCAUCAUCUUCUUAUUUUGGAAUGCCUGAGCAGAAGCUAGAUACAGGCAGUGCUUCUCAGGUGAACGGUGUAGUCACCAACUCUACUGCUGUGGGUACAUUGAAGGCUGCUACCAUUGGACGGAAAGGUCUUUCAAUACAAGACAAGCUAUGGUCGAUCUGUGCUGCUGGUAAUACGGUACCCAUACCUUUCCUCAAGGCAAUUGACAUUUCCCCACUAGCUUUGGUAUCUGACAACAUCGCCGAGGACAGAGUCUCAGCAGCAAGUGGCAAUACUGCCUUAGAAGCAGUAAAAGAGCUUUUUAGCGGUGAUGGACAGAUGAAGAAAGGAAGAAGAGGACCAAAUGAGGUGUUACUUCCUCCUGGGGUGUAUCAAAGGUUGACCACAAGUCCAACAUUGAUGAAUUUAGCCCAAGCUUUAGCAUACCACAAAACAUGCUACGAAGACAUGCCUCUUCAAGAGCUUCAAGCAGCACAAGAGCAACAGGCAAUUCAAAACCUUUGUGAUACCCUCAGAACCAUUUUACGGUUAUAGGUAUUUCUUUAUUAAGCAUAGGAAUCAGAGAGCUUGGACAAAGAGCGAGCAAGGCGAGAGGCAUCCGUGUAAGCCUCUCUGGUUCUUUCUUGCCUGUGCUUUUUAGGGGAUUUAUGGUAUCUACGGGGAACUGCUGAGUUCUUUCUAAUGCCAUGUUCCUUCCAGAUGGUUUUUAUUAUAUUUAUUUAUUUAUUGUACAAUAAUCUAUAAUAGCUUGAUCAAGAUCUACUUUGUACGAGUAUUUCCAAUUCUUUUGUUCCUACAAUUUUAUGUACUUGUAGUCUUCUUUCCUCGGUCCCCUGUUUUUAUCAGAAUUUCCUUUUAGUUACACAAGUCCUGGACUGGAGUAAGAAUUACAAUGAAGCAAGUUGCUGAUGAUAAUAUAUUAAAGACGCAGAAGUAGAUGUGAAGAUGAAAUACUACACAUGGCCAAGUCGCCAAGCUUUAUGAUGACUAGAACAAUUCGUUGCCUGCACAAAUGAUGUGGAUUACAUAUGUUCUCUUAAUCACAAAUUAUUUAUGAUUUGAAAGCAAUGUUUAAUAGGCCACUGGUGCCACAUCCAAUGUCGAUAACUUUUCAUGCUGGUGCUUAGUGCUAUGUCCAUUCUCGAUUUGAAUU